CAGCAGUAUAUUUGUUCCUCUUUUUGCCAGGCCGACAAAUAGCACACAAUCAACCGUCGUCUCCUUCCUUGCGCCUCAUAGGGUUCUCCAAACUCCAAAUCGUUGCCCCGAGAAACCACCAAAACUGUUCGUAACGCACCAAGCACCAACCGUCCGGCAGCCCGUGGCCACUCCAUAGGGUUCUCAGUCUCUCACCCCUUGCCUGCGCUGCGCCACCGCCACCGCCACCGCUCCCCCGUGGCGGCUUCAAGAGGAAGCUCCCGGAACCAAACAACCCCUGGGCGCCCGAGUUUUUCUGAAAGCGGCUUCAGAGAUCUCGUCGUCGGUGGCCAUGGCGGGCCCGUGCUGAGUGCGCGGGCGGGGAGCAGGUGAAGGUCUCCGAGCUCGAGAUCCCGAUGCAGAUCCGGGAGGGCCCCGCGCGGCGGCAGGCGCCGUCCGCCGUGGGGGCGCUGCGGUCGCCGAUGUCCGCCAUGAUGCUCGCCAUGUUCGCUACCAUGGCCUCCUUCUACGUCGCCGGACGAUUGUGGCAGGAUGCUCAGAACAGAGUUUAUCUCAUUAAGGAGCUCGACAGACGAACAGGCCAGGGGCAAUCAGCAAUAUCUGUGGAUGAUACCUUGAAGGUUGUUGCAUGCAGGCAGCAAGGGAAGCGGUUGGCAUCGCUUGAGAUGGAGCUGGCUGCAGCAAAGCAUGAAGGUUUUGUUGGCAAAUACAAUCCUGAGACAAAUGGAACUCAUUCUGGGAAAAAGCCACUGAUUGUUAUUGGAAUAAUGACUAGCUUUGGGAGGAAAAACUACCGUGAUGCUGUCAGGAAAUCAUGGCUUCCGACAGGUUCAAUGCUGAAGAAACUAGAAGAAGAAAAAGGCAUUGUAGUACGUUUUGUUGUUGGAAGAAGUGCAAAUCGAGGAGAUACUUUUGAUAGGGAGAUUGAUGAAGAAAAUAGGAGCACCAGGGAUUUCUUGAUCUUGGAUGAUCAUAUAGAGUCAGAUGAAGAGCAUCCUAAGAAGACAAAAAGUUUCUUUGCGAAUGCAGCAGAUACAUUUGAUGCUGCAUUUUAUGCUAAGGUCAAUGAUGAUAUAUACAUAAACGUUGAUACUUUGAGUGCAAUGCUCGAAACUCACUGGGACAAGCCCCGUGUCUAUAUAGGCUGCAUGAAAUCGGGCGAGGUUUUUUCUGACUCAACCCAUAAGUGGUAUGAACCAGACUGGUGGAAAUUUGGUGAUGGGAAAUCGUACUUCCGACACGCUUCUGGUGAAAUGUUUGUCAUAUCAAGGGCCAUAGCUCAGUUCAUUUCUAUAAACAAGUCUGUUCUCCGGACAUAUGCCCAUGAUGAUGUUAGUGUAGGAUCAUGGAUGAUUGGCCUUGCUGUGAAGCAUGUAAAUGAAGCAAAACUGUGUUGUUCAUCAUGGCCCUCAGGUGCGAUGUGUUCAGCGCUAUAACGAUCAACAAUGCUUGUGCUGAGGAAGAGUUUUGCAAACACCGUGCCUGGUGGAUAAUGCAUACAAUAUGCAGAGAAUGAGGUUGAAUCGGUAUUGAGAAAAUUUUGUUUUCUUCAGCCAUCUUCUGUAGCGUCCUUUGGAGGAAGCUUGUGCGAGCCAGUUCAUACUGAAAUCAGAUAUCUUGUUUUUCUUUUCCGAAGGAAAGGCCUUGCAUAUUUUCUUUGCAAGGCUACUACACUAGAAUCAUCAGAGUUCUAACGAAAAGCCGUCUGCAGAUUUUAUCCUGUUCCGCGUGCCAUUUGUAGAUGCCCCACCCUUACCAUUCUUUUUUUUUCUGACAGACACUGCCAUUGUUGGAGUGACAGAAAUCAAUAGCAAUUCAGGAAAUUAUUUUGCUCCAGAAUACAUGUAUGCGUGUCUUAAGACCUGUUGACAUGGUUGUGAUUUUUUGACACAUACAUCACCUUUUUGAAGUCAAGAAUCUGCCAUGUACA